CUGCGUUCUCGAUAGUAGCUUAGGCCAUAACCCCCUGUAAGAGUCUCUUACUAAGAGAGAAGACGUAACGACCCAUAAGUUUGUUUUCUGUAAACCAAAUUGCAUUGAAAUUUUAUUUUAAGUUUGUUGUGUUUCCAGUACAAACAAAAGUCGCAAUGGAAAAAACUCGGCCAAAAGACUCCCAAACAUUGCUUCGGGCUCAGAUGGAGCGAGAGGUACACAGCAAGAAAAAAUGCUCCUAUGAGGCUUACCAAUGUUCCCAGUUGGCUGCGGAAAACUCCAAGUUUUGCAUGAAACAUAUUUUAAAUGAUAAAAGUGCCCAAUUCAAGCAGUGCAAUUAUGUUUAUCAACAUAAUGGCAAGAGGUGCCAUUUACCUGCACCCAAAGGUGACAAGAAGGAUUAUGGCUACUGUAAUGAGCAUGCUCUAAAGGCGACCCUAGUGCGAAACAGACAAAAUGGAAAAAAUCCACCUCCGUUGUCGGCUGAAUCGUUGUUAACCAAUUUGUCACAUUAUGUUAAAAAACCCAGGAAUAGAAGCAUUUCCUCUUCAAGUUUUAUCUCUGAUGAGGAUAGAGGAUAUGGGGAGGAUGGGGAUCCGAAAUCUGUACGGAUCAUCGACCCAUUUGUUGAUAUUGAUGCAAACUCAGUUUAUAAUGAGCAAUGUAAUGAGAUCCUUGACAUGUGUAGCGAAUCUGAAAGUGAUGUGGAACCAUCAACAUACGCUACUGUCUGGCAUGAUUCAAAUUUUGACAGUUCUGAUAAUGAAAGUAUUGAUUCUGAAGAUGAAGACCCUUUAAAACAUGCUAAUGUAUAUACCGCAGAAGAAAUCUCACUUAUUACAAGAGAUAAACUUGUAAGACUUCAGUCCUUGUACAUUGAAGAGUAUAAGCAUUUAAGAUAUUUAUUGAAAGAGAGAAGAAGGAAAUAUUUACAUGCUCUUAAGAGAGAAAAGGAAACUUGCUGUAAUAUUUGCAACCAGGUUCGUGACAAUCCCAAGGAGCAAAGGUUGUAUGAAAAAUUAAAGCACUAUAAUAAGUAUCAUAAGGCGUUUGGUGAAGAUGCGAUAUUGGAAAAGCGACUGCACGACUUAAGGACAAAGAUAACAGAUGGACUUCCGGUAAAAUCCAGCAACUAUUCAAAAUGCCAGUUUACUCAAGGCGGUGUUAAAUGCGGUGAAAGAACCCUUCCAUUAACCAAACAUUGUCGGAAGCACAUUUUAGAGGACCCUCAUCAAGUGUUAUUUAAGGCUUGCGGCAAACUAAACGGCGAUGUGGAGUGUAAUACUCCGGUGGAAGCCUUAUUUGAUGAUAGUACUUGUAAGCUGCACAUGGAGAUUCCUUUGAUAAGGUCUUAUACUCACCCAAGGAAGGAAUCAGAAUCUGAACCGGAAGAUGUUCUAGACAUGCCAUUGAUGACAGAAAACGACAGCGUCAAAACCGAAAUGAUCGACUACUCUAUACCGGCUCUCACAAAAAUGGAAACUUUACCGUCAAUUUUAUUCGAGGACAGUGUUGAAAGCUUACAUUAUUCUACUUCAGAAUUUACUGAAACUUUUGCUGAUAAUUCAGUUGAGGUGCCCAAAACACCUCACUGUGAUGAAGUCGAAGUAAACGUGACUGAUAAUCUAGAAAAGUCUGUAACUCCCAGUGAGAAUGAGCCCUCAGAUGUUAAUCCAAAAGAAGAAGAAGAAAAUACAGGUGUAGAGCCGAAAAAAACACACGAAGAGGUGCAUUUGUUUAAUGAAGAGGACACUCUUGAAGAUACUAUAACGAUUACUACGGAGGCGUUUAUGCCAGAAGAGUCACAAAAAUCGGAAACCGAAAAAAAUGAUGAAAUCGACCAGCAAAAUGAAACGAUGGUAACAAAAUCGGUUAGUGAAAAAAUGCAAGUAGACUGACAUUUGUUAAAUAGUUAAACAGAAGCUUUAUUUAUUUUUUUUUUGAGAAAAAUGUGGAAGGUUCUUCUGAAAGUUUAUCGUUCAGGGGAUGGUCUAUCGAAUUUAUUGUUAUAGAUGAGUUCCUUAAAAAAUUGUAUUCAAUAGAUUAAUUUAAAAAAAUA